AAAAAGCAAGAAACCACUUUUGAUCAAUCAAUCAAUCAAUUUUUAUUUGUAUAGCGCUUUUAACAAAAGGCCUUUUGGGGCCUUGGGGCGACAUGGCUCAGGCAGUAAGAGCAGUCGUCUGGCAGUCGCUUUGGAUAAAGGCGCUAUAUAAAUGCCUGCCAUUUACCAUUUACCACAUUUGCCUUUGUGACGAAGCAGCUUUACAGAGAAACCGGUCCCCAAGAGUAUGCCAAGGGCAACAGUGGCAAGAAAAAACUCCCUGGCUAACGGGAAGAAAUCUUGAGCAGAACCUGACUCAGUAGGGGAACCCAUCUGCCGCUGGUUAACACCAGCUAAAAAAAAAAGUUUGAUGUAGGGUGUAAUUACCUUUUAAGAAGUUAGGCAAAAAAUGGAGUAAGUAUUUGCCCCCGCCUUAUACCAUGGUCUUUUACCAAAAAUGAAUAUAUAAGCAGGGGUCGUGAAUAUUUCUGGGCCUCAAAAUAAAACUUUUCAAAACUAUUUCAAGCCGUUAAGGUGGCUACUGUUUCUUCUAAAAAUAAAGAAGCGAGCCAGAUGACUAAGUCUGGUUAUUUGCCUGUUCACAAUUUCACAGCAAAUUUUUAAAUGCAAAUCGUCCCCUCAUGUAACCUCAAUGUGGCAUCCCAGCAGAUGCAGUUUCAAUAGCUUCACUCUACUGUAUGUUCACCAUUUUGCCAUCAAAGCCUAGACAUUGUCUGUUGACUGUCCCUUGUCUUACAGGGCUGUGCACACUCACUAGCUUGGACAUGAAGAGUUUGGUGUGGUGGAAUGUGGCUGUGGUGCUGUAUUUAGGAUUGUGGGUACAUAUGUGCCUGAGCCAGGCCACACCCUCUCCCCAACAGCAGAGUGAGAAGCUGAAGUUCCGUCUGGCAGGCUACCCACGCAAACACAAUGAAGGCCGUGUGGAGAUCUUCUACAAGGGCGAGUGGGGUACCAUCUGUGAUGAUGAUUUUACCCUGGAGAAUGCACAUGUGCUUUGCCGACAGAUGGGCUUUGUCAGUGCUACAGUUUGGACGCACAGUGCCAAGUAUGGGCCAGGGACAGGGAAGAUCUGGCUGGAUAAUGUGCUGUGCAGCGGCACUGAGAAGAGCAUUGAGUUUUGCAGGUCUCGAGGGUGGGGCAACAGUGACUGCACACAUGAUGAGGAUGCAGGUGUCAUCUGCAAGGAUGAAAGAGUGCCAGGCUUUAUGGACUCCAACAUCAUUGAGAUGCAGGUGGAUGAGAACCGCCUACAGGAGAUUCGGCUACGCCCCUUGGUGGACGGAAUAGCAAAGAGGAUGCCCAUAACAGAGGGCAUUGUGGAAGUGAAGUACAAGGAGGGCUGGACCCAGAUCUGCAAUGUGGGCUGGACCUCCAAAAACUCCCGAGUAAUCUGUGGCAUGAUGGGAUUCCCCAAUGAGAAGAAAACGAAGAAGAACCUGUACAAGAUGCUCACUAACCAUCAGGUAAACUACCGCAUCCACUCUGUGGCCUGUAUGGGAAAUGAGGUGCACCUGUCCAUCUGUUCCAUGGAGAUCAGCAAAGCCAAUGUCAGCAUACCCUGUCAGGGGGGCAAGCCUGUUGUGGUCAGCUGCAUCCCUGGGCUGCUGUUUUCACAAAUCUCCGGAAAGAAGCCUAAAAUCAAGCAGGCCACAGUGAGGCUGAAGGGGGGCUGGAAGGUCGGAGAAGGACGUGUGGAGGUUCUGAAGAACAAUGCAUGGGGAACGGUGUGCGACGACCGCUGGAACCUGCAGUCCGCCAGUGUUGUGUGCAGGGAGCUUGGCUUUGGCACUGCCAAGGAGGCCCUGACGGGGGCACGCAUGGGGCAGGGAAUGGGUCCUAUCCACAUAACUGAAGUCCUGUGUUCAGGGCAGGAGAAAUCCUUGUGGAAGUGUCCUUUCAAGAACAUCACCUCUGAGACCUGCCACCAUUCUGAAGAUGCCUCUAUCAAGUGCAACGUGCCUUAUAUGGGCUUCGAGAAAACGGUCCGGCUUGUGGGUGGACGGAUGGAUUACGAGGGUCGGUUGGAGGUUAAGGUGGGGUCCAGGUGGGGCACAAUCUGCAGUGAGGGCUGGACCACACGUGAGGCUAUGGUUGCCUGCAGACAGCUGGAGCUUGGCUACUCCCUGCGUGCAGUCACUGAAACAUGGUACUGGGACAGCAGCAAUGUGACAGAUAUGGUGAUGAGUGGGGUCAAGUGCACUGGCAAUGAGAUGAGGAUCAGCGACUGUCAGCAUCACAAGAGCAUCAGCUGCAAAAAAGCUGGAACACACUUCGCUGCUGGAGUCAUUUGCUCAGAGACGGCCUCUGACCUGAUUCUGCAUGCCCCUCUCGUGGAGCAGACUGUGUACAUAGAGGACCGGCCCCUGCACAUGCUCUACUGCGCCGCAGAAGAGGACUGCCUUUCGAAGUCCGCCGCCAAGGCCAACUGGCCUUACGGCCACCGCCGGCUGCUGCGCUUCUCCUCGCAGAUCCACAACAUUGGCCACGCCGACUUCCGCCCUAAGGCUGGGCGCCACUCCUGGGUGUGGCACGAGUGCCAUAGGCACUAUCACAGCAUGGACAUCUUCACCCACUAUGACCUGCUGUCCAUCAACGGCACUAAGGUGGCAGAUGGCCACAAAGCCAGUUUCUGUCUGGAGGACACAGACUGCCACGAAGGAAUUUCAAAGCGGUAUGAGUGUGCAAACUUUGGCGAGCAAGGAAUCACAGUGGGCUGCUGGGAUCAGUAUCGACAUGAUAUCGACUGCCAGUGGAUCGAUAUUACUGAUGUCAAACCUGGAAACUACAUAUUACAAGUGGUGAUAAACCCCAACUUUGAAGUUGCAGAGAGUGACUUCACCAACAAUGCCAUGAAAUGCAACUGCAAGUAUGAUGGUCAUCGUGUUUGGCUGCACAAAUGCCAUCUUGGUGACUCAUUCAGUGAAGAGGCAGAGAAGAAGUUUGAAAAGUACCCUGGUCAGCUAAAUAACCAGAUCUCUUAAUUCAGCUGGACAUGUGCCAGAGUCAAUAUAUGGCUUAGAAGGCAGGGAUGUGGGAAGUAUUUGAAACAUAGAUUUGUAGUUUGUGUGGUGUGUGAUACUGCAAAACACUUUCAGAACUGGGACAAAUUGAAUUCAGAAGUUCAAGCAUAGAGCAAUAUAAGGUUAUCUGAUGUGAAAUUAGUUUCUUUUUUUGUUGGUAUUCUAGCUACACAUUACCCCUCACAAAUACUGUGCAAUGAUUACACGAUGACCAUGUCGAAGUAGUAUUAUAAAUAUUAUAAAUGUAUGCAAAAGCAUGGAUGAGCUUCUCAGCAUCUUUUUGGGAUUAAAAAAAGGUCUAACUUUUGCGAUAUUUUGCAAAUGAUAAAAUGAAGUUUUGGUCAAAGAGUUCAAAUGUGAUAAAAAAGUCAAAUCAGAGUCUAAAAUAAUACCCAGCAGUUUGACUUGUUUUUUAUCUGUGAUGCCAUGGAUCCUAAACUUGAGCAAAUUGGGUUAACACAUUCAACCUUAAACAGCAAUAAUUUGAAACUGAGAAAUUGAUCCGCCUUGAUUGGAGUACAUUUAAAUCAGUUUUGAAAAGCAACCCCACCUCGGCCAGAUUGCCUUAGAAAAUGAAGAUAAGCAUAGUUUGGAGCAGCCUUUAGUGGAACAUGAAUUGGACAAGAUGGGUUUAAAUGAGAAGGCCAUCGUUUGGACAUAUGGACUGCAGCCAGAAAUUAAGGAGUGUUCCACUGAAUAGGUCGGAGCAUGUGCCAAUGAAGGGGAUCGGGCCUGAAAUUUGCUACAAGGGAUUCAAGCCGAUUCAAGCGUUUAAGGAUCUCAGACUCGGCUUGGGAUUUCAUUACAACCAACGUGAAUAAUGAAAUUGCAUGGGGUUGUUUGUUUAUGAUGCUCGGGAUGCGCUUGUUAAUAUUUAACCCAAGCUUGAAAAUGAUAUACCCAAAAUAAAAUGGUUAAUAUCCUGGAACCCUUUUGACUAAAGGCAUAAAAAGAACAGUCUGUUCUUAAAGAUUUGCACUUCA